CUCUUGUUGCAGUAGGUCGCGUGAUGAGAAAACGGGACUGAAAAGUGUGUAAUACAUGCAGACUAGAGAUCGGUCCAACAGUGAUUUUCUACCGUCAACAAUAAAUGAAUUCACAUUUUCACCAUGACAUCCAUGAAUACAUCAUUGCAAAUGGUGAACUUCUCCUGUUCCAUCAAUAUGACUGACUGGGAAACAGCCAUAAACCAUCUCUACACAUACUUUUACCUGAUUAUCUUCAUUCCAGGAGUGCUGAGCAACACACUGGCUCUUUGGGUGCUGUGUCGAUUUGUAAGCAAGAAGACGAAAGCCAUCAUCUUCAUGAUUAACCUGACCGUGGCUGACCUGGCUCAUGUGCUCUCCUUGCCUCUUCGAAUUCAUUACUACAUCCAACAGGACUGGCCUUUUGGCAACGAGUUAUGCCUGCUCUGCUUUUACCUGAAAUACCUAAACAUGUACGCAAGCAUUGCAUUUCUGGUCUGCAUCAGCAUUCAGCGCUGUGGUUUUCUCAUGCACCCGUUUCAUGCUAGGCGCUGGAAGUCCCGCUAUGACGUCUGCAUCAGUAUCACGGUAUGGGUUGUGGUUGGUCUCUGCUGUUCGCCCUUCAUUUUAAUGAGGAGCAAAUCGAAUUCGUCACUGGGUAACAGAAGCUGCUUCAAAGACCUGCCAAUGCGCAAGCUGAAUUUUCAGUUAGCCAUUUCUAUGAUGGCCGCCGCUGAACUCUUCGGAUUUCUUGGUCCGUUAUUCAUCAUUGGCUUCUGUAAUUACUUAAUAGAGAACUCUAUGAGACAGCGGAACAAACAGCAGCAGUCUACUAGUGACACAAGAAAGGCCUUGCGCAUGGUUAGAGUGUGCACAGGAGUUUUCCUCUUCUGUUUUGCACCCUAUCACAUCAACUUCCUCCUGUACCUGAUGGUAUCACAAAGCAUCAUAACAAACUGUGAAGCGAGUCAGGUCAUCAAACAGUUUCACCCCAUUUCUCUGUGUAUGGCAAGCCUUAACUGCUGCCUCAACCCUCUUAUCUAUUAUUUUCUGACUACUGAGUUCAAGCAGCAGCUCUCUCACCAUGGCAGCUCAGUGCUUAGAGGACGACUGAUGAGUAUGGAGAGCACAUCUUCAUAUAAGGAAUGAGUGUUGCAUAAUUUGAAAAUAUACCUGUAUAUACAUUUCUUUUUUGCUUGUGUAAAAAAAAACUGCAUUAUAAGUUGCUUUUAAACAGUGUACAAACUGAAGCCUGUAUAUUUUGGACUAUACUUUGCUUGGAAUAUACAAUU